AUGAUCGACCCAUGCUUGUACAACGAUGGUCAUGGCUCGUUGAAAGUGCCUGGUUUCUCCGACGUUCCGCUCGAUCUUGAGUUCUACCCUCAGAAUCGGUUUACUCAUGGUGCGACCGAAUGGGCACAAUGGCCGAACCUGACCGCACGAGAACUUGCCAUGCUUGGGCUUAUGAACGACCUGACUGAAGAGCAUGGCUGGCACGAAAACAUAUUCGACGAUAAUCUGAUGGUAGACUGGCGUAAGCAAGCACUAUCCAGACCGCUUAUUAGUCCUAAGGCAUGGGACUGGUGCUUAGCCGAGCUGCGGGACAAAGCUCCGUAUUUCGAACAAACUGGCAACAUUGUGGUCUUCAACACUGGAGCAGGAAUUGUCAAGUCUGAUGCAGUUGCGGAAAUGAUUCAGACUCAGUUGAGGGACGCUGCGGAGCUACUUGAAGCGGAGGAGAAUGCCCCGAGGCAGCAGGCCGUGCUGAAUCUCGUUGAUCCAAGCCUUUUCCCCUUGGUUUACGGUAGAACACGCGUUCUGAUGGACUCAGGCCGCGUGAGUCUCGACAAUACCAUCAACUCCUACGGGCGGGGUGAAACUGUGCCUGAAUUUCCGCCUGGCUAUUUCCGCCAGAAUUACGACGAUGGAAUAUGGUCAGCCCGAUACCAAUGGCUACCUUGUGAAGUGGAUUUCAUCAACAACUCAGGGACAGACGUGCGCAUUACGUCUUACGUGAACAAUCUACACCCGAUCCGAUCCCGCGCAUUAUAUGGGACAAUUGAAAGACUCAUCUCCCAAUUGAUUGAACCAUGGAACCAGAUCCUCAUCAAACAGAAUCGUGGUCGCACUCCGAUGCGGAUCAGGACAUACGGUGUUGAACCGGAACCUGAUAGUGAGAGGCCUAAGUGGGCUACUCGGAAAAAUUUGAGAGAGCUGGAGAGCGACCGCAACAACACCGCCUUCAAAGAAGCCGUCGAUAAGAUCAAAGAGUACCUCGCCUUACCUGAAAAGCUCGAGCAGAGAGAAGGGUAUCAAAUCCCACUGACAUGGGAAACUGAGGAUGAAGGCUUGUGGGAAGCACUUUACACAAAGUGGAGAAGACUGAGAACCUGGCGGCAUCCUGAGCCUGGCACAGCGUUUGGUUAUAACGAUUGGAAGGCUGGCCGGGCGGGAAAAACAAUUAUCGACAGGAAGAUCGACGAUCCUGGCUUCAACACUUGCCACAACUUCUACAAGGUUGCCCUGCAAGACAGCUUCCGCAAAAAAGGCCUCCAAGUUGUCGUUAGGAUUUCAUCGGUCGAGUUGACACCAGAAGACUCAGCUUAUGGCGGUACUGAUUGGCACCUCGACGGGAUGCUAAACGACCACAUUGUGGCUUCCGCUCUUCAUGUGUUCGAUGUUAAAAAUGUAACAGAGGCACGACUUUCAUUUCGCCAACAGACUAGAAUGGAACAAGAGGAAUUUCACUAUGAGCAAUACGAAAUGGAGAAACUAAUGGAGGUGUUUGCGAUUCCUGGCGAUGAAGAAGACAUGUACGACUUCCUCAUGUGUGGUCACCCGCCCUCUCUUCAGGAUCUGGGGUCAGUCGUUGCACCUCAAGGCCGUCUGCUGGUGUGGCCGAAUGUUCUACAUCAUCGUAUGGAGCCUAUGCAGCUGCUUGAUCCCACCGUGUCAGGACACUGCAGAUUCAUAUCUCUACAUCUAGUAGAUCCUCAUUAUCGAAUAUGCUCGACAAGGAAUGUACCUCCACAACGACACGACUGGUGGGUCGAAGACGCAAUUGAAGCGAUUGGAGCGGCCAAGCAUUGCCUCCCACCGGAACUGAUUUAUCAAAUUGACGCUGAAACUGGAAAUUGGCCGAUAGGUAUAGAAGAAGCGGAGAGAAUAAGAGUGGAGCGUGAGCAAGAGCAGAAUACUGCGGACAAAUAUAUUAUGUGGCGUGGUGCUCAUAGAUAUAUAUUCUAA